UCACAUCCAUAUCACACCCUGAAGGAAAUCGCGCCACUUUCACUACACGGCAGCAAGAUAUUCAAGCAAGACUUGUCAAUCUGCGAUAGUUGAAAGGUGGCCCGCGGGGAAACCUGACCCUGCUCAGCGACCGACGCGCACACCGACAACUACACCGAGAAUCCCGUGGGCGAUAGAUCCGUCAAUAUGCGCGUUUCUGGAUAUGGACCGAGCAAUAAUAUUGUCGAGGAAUAUCUCUCGCCGGUUGACCAUGACGUUUACACCGGCGAGUUCCAGGAUUUCAAAGCUCUCGCCGAUUCCGCGAAACAAGAGGUUAUUGCAAGAGAGGCUGAAGAGUACGGGCUAGAAAGGCCGCAAGGAUACAAUGUGUCCUUCCACUACAACCCACAUGUCGAAUACCACCACUUCGGAAGCUCACAUCCAAUGAAACCAUGGCGGUUGACCUUGACGAAACAGCUGGUGCUUUCGUACGGGCUCGAGUACACGAUGGAUCUUUACGAGCCCCGGCCAGCCAGUUUCAAUGAAUUAGCCAUUUUCCAUGACCGAGAGUAUCUAUCUUACCUUAGCGAAAUCACACCUCAAAAUGCCAAGCCAGACGAUUCACAGUACAUAGCUUACGGCUUUGGUGGUGACUCGAACGAUUGUCCAGUCUUCGAUGGCCUGUGGAACUACGUGUCGCUGUACACAGGCGCCUCUAUGAGCGCGGCCUACAAUCUACUGAACAAGCAGUCUGACAUAGCUAUCAACUGGUCGGGUGGUCUGCAUCACGCGAAGAAGAACCUUGCAUCGGGAUUUUGCUACGUGAACGACAUCGUCAUCGCCAUACAGCUUCUGCUGACCCAACACCAACGCGUACUGUACAUCGAUAUCGACGUCCAUCACGGCGAUGGUGUGGAGCAAGCAUUCGAGUCGACCGACCGUGUGUUCACACUCUCGUACCACAAAUACGGUAUUGACAGGCAUGGCUGGCCAUUCUUUCCAGGGACUGGUAAUAUUGACGAGAUGGGCCCGAAGGAUCCAGCGAACCGCGGCAAAGCGCACAGCCUGAACAUCCCCAUCGACGACGGAAUCGAUGAUCACCAGUAUAAAUGGUUGUUCAGGACAGUUACAAGCAAGGUUGUCGAAAAAUACAACCCUCAGGCCAUUGUACUACAGUCAGGUGCCGACUCGCUUGGAGGAGACCGACUCGGUCGAUUCAACCUCAAUAUCAAGGCACACGGCUCCUGUAUCGAGACUGUCAAGUCUUUCGGACGGCCUCUUGUCCUCAUUGGCGGUGGAGGAUAUACACCUCGAAAUGUCGCGCGUACCUGGUGCCACGAAACAGCUGUCUGUGUUGGCGCUACAUUACACAAUGACCUUCCGACUCAUAUUCCGUACCUUCAGGCAUUCCAAGGAGAGGAGAACGGCGACGGCAUACUGUAUCCCGACUUGCACAAUACUAAACGCCACGACAAUCUGAACACAGACCCAGCGUUGCACAAGCUCGUUGAAAAGGCCAUGGAGAACCUCCGUUACAUGGAGGGAGCACCGAGUGUCGUAGUCAACACAAAAGGCAUCACAGAAGAACAGAUCAUGAAGGUCAGAGAGCAGAUCGACCAAGAGCUGGCAGAAGAGGAAGAUGACAGGAUUCACUCCUUGCUUGUAGAGAAGACUCGACGAACUCGGGAAAGGAACAUUGGAGGGAGGAACGAACGACGUUGAUUCGAUUGUAUAAGGGACAGCGUCGAGAUUGGCAUGCUGUACGAUUAGACAAUUUGUCGUUGGCGUUCGGGAAUCUGGCGUUCGAGAGGUUAGACCAAAGCUUGUCUCGAUACCCCAUCAAAGCAUACACCUUCACCCAAAAUGCGCUUACACUCUACUCAACAUGAAUGUCUAACGUACCUCAAGCUACG